CGCCCCCACUCUCGGGAGACCAAUAGGACUAUUGCUGGUGAAGGGAGUCGCGACCGGAGGAGAGAGAUCGAUCUCCGGACUGUAGCGUCUCUCGUGCGUCAUUACCGUGCGCCCUGCUUGCCCAGGGUGGGAAGAUUCCGAGAUGCCAGAGUUGGAAACGGUGUUGGGGAAGCGUGAGCUCUUUUUCGAAGAGGAAGACUUGCAGUAUGAAGAAGAGAUCUUGCGCAAUCCCUUCUCUGUCAAGUGCUGGAUCCGCUACAUUGAGUUCAAACAGAAUGCUCCCAAGCAUAUCCUGAACCUGAUCUAUGAGAGAGCUCUUAAGGAAUUGCCAGGCAGCUACAAGCUAUGGUAUAAUUAUCUUAAGCAGCGGCGGAAGCAGGUGAAGAGCAAGUGUGUAACAGACCCCUGCUACGAAGAGGUGAACAACUGUCAUGAGCGUGCCCUUGUCUUCAUGCACAAGAUGCCUCGGAUAUGGCUAGAUUACUGCCAAUUUCUCAUGGACCAGUGUCGGAUCACUCGCACCCGCAGGACCUUUGACCGAGCACUUCGAGCCUUGCCCAUCACACAGCACCAUCGUAUCUGGCCACUCUACCUGAAGUUUGUGCGCCUUUAUCCAUUACCAGAGACAGCGGUACGGGUCUACCGUAGGUACCUGAAGCUGAGCCCAGAGAAUGCUGAGGAAUAUAUUGAGUACCUGCGCUCCAUUGACCGCCUGGAUGAGGCUGCUGUCCGCCUUGCUGCUGUGGUGAAUGAUGAACGCUUUGUAUCCAAGGAGGGAAAGUCCAACUACCAACUGUGGCACGAGCUCUGUGACCUCAUCUCACAGAAUCCAGACAAGGUGAAGUCUCUCAAUGUGGGGGCCAUAAUCCGGGGUGGCUUGACCCGUUUCACUGACCAGCUGGGCAAGCUGUGGUGUUCCUUGGCAGACUACUAUAUCCGCAGUGGGCAUUUUGAAAAGGCUCGUGAUGUCUAUGAGGAAGCUAUACAGACGGUGAUGACUGUGCGGGAUUUCACUCAGGUGUUUGACAGCUAUGCCCAAUUUGAGGAGAGUAUGAUCGCUGCCAAGAUGGAGACCAGCUCUGAGAUGGGACGCGAGGAGGAGGAUGAUGUGGACCUGGAACUGCGCCUGGCUCGCUUUGAGCAACUGAUCACACGCCGGCCCUUGCUUCUCAACAGCGUCCUCCUGCGCCAGAAUCCUCACAAUGUCCACGAGUGGCACAAACGUGUGAAGCUGUAUGAAGGCAAACCUCGGGAGAUCAUCAACACGUACACAGAAGCAGUGCAGACUGUCGACCCCUUUAAAGCCACUGGGAAGACACACACGCUGUGGGUUUAUUUUGCCAAGUUCUAUGAGGUCAAUGGACAGAUUGAAGAUGCCAGAACGAUUUUUGAGAAGGCCACCAAGGUGAACUUCAAGCAAGUGGAUGAACUAGCCAGCAUGUGGUGCGAGUAUGGUGAAAUGGAGUUGCGACAUGAGAACUAUGACCAAGCACUGCGCAUUCUGCGGAAAGCCACAGCCAUCCCAGCUAAGAAAGCGGAGUAUUUUGAUGCCUCAGAAGCUGUGCAGAACCGUGUAUACAAGUCCCUCAAGGUUUGGUCUAUGUUGGCUGACCUGGAAGAAAGUCUGGGCACCUUCAAGUCUACUAAAGCCGUGUACGACCGCAUUCUGGACCUGCGCAUUGCCACCCCACAAAUCAUCAUCAACUAUGGUCUGUUCCUGGAAGAGCACAACUACUUUGAGGAGAGCUUCAAGGCAUACGAGAGGGGCAUCUCAUUGUUCAAGUGGCCAAAUGUGUACGACAUCUGGAACACCUAUCUGACCAAAUUCACUGACCGCUAUGGUGGGAAGAAGUUGGAGCGUGCACGGGACCUCUUUGAACAGGCUCUGGAUGGCUGUCCCCAGAAAUAUGCUAAAACUAUUUACCUGCUGUAUGCCAAGCUGGAGGAGGAAUAUGGGCUGGCACGCCAUGCGAUGGCAGUGUAUGAGCGAGCCACUCAGGCUGUGCAACCUUCAGAACAGUAUGACAUGUACAAUAUCUACAUCAAGAGAGCAGCUGAAAUCUAUGGGGUUACCCAUACUCGUAGCAUCUAUGAGAAGGCUAUUGAGGUGCUGUCAGAUGAACAUGCUCGGGAGAUGUGCUUGCGCUUUGCCGACAUGGAGUGCAAGCUGGGGGAGAUAGAUCGAGCAAGGGCCAUCUAUUCCUAUUGUUCGCAGAUAUGUGACCCCCGAACCACUACCAACUUCUGGCAGACAUGGAAGGAAUUUGAGAUCCGACAUGGAAAUGAAGACACUAUCCGGGAGAUGCUUCGCAUUAAACGAAGCGUUCAAGCUACGUACAAUACUCAAGUCAAUUUCAUGGCCUCACAGAUGCUGAAGGUUUACAGCAAUGCCACAGGCACAGUGUCUGACCUAGCACCUGGGCAAAGUGGCAUGGAUGACAUGAAACUGUUAGAGCAGCGGGCAGAGCAGCUGGCAGCUGAAGCAGAGAGAGAUCAGCCCCGAGCUAAGGAGAAGAUCCUGUUUGUCAGGAGUGAUGCUUCCCGCAGUGAGUUGGCCGAACUGUCCAAACAGGCUAACCCUGAUGAGAUAGAUAUUGAAUUGGAUGAUGGAGAUGAGAGUGAGGACAAUGAGCCCGAUGAGGUUCAGCUGGAGCAGAAGAGUAUUCCUUCUGCUGUGUUUGGGGGCCUUAAGGAUGACUGAGCUGCUGUUGAUGGAAGAACUGCUUUGGGCUAGGGCUAAAGGCUGCCCUCUCUGUAUAAACUGGGCCUUCUGUUCACUUGUUUUAAUUAAGAGUCUAAUUAGUUGUAGUAUCCUUUUCUAUUCUGUGAAGUUGCUAUUUAUAAAAUCUUUUUGUCAAA